CUAGGUGACAUGUGUUUCCAUCAUGCGGCAAGGCACCUCGUCCUCGUCCUCGUCCUCGUCCUUAUCCUCGCACUCUCUUAUUCGAUUGACGAGAGCAGCCGUAGGCACUCCUGCAGCGAGCAAUCAGGUCGAGCAACGGGAGAUCAAGGUAAGGGAGAGCCAGCCGUAGUCCAGGGAAUCGGAUGGCGCCAGGGGCAGGUCUGCAGCCGCUCAGACUAUAAGUUUAAGGUGGUGGACUGAAGAGAAAAGGGCUGAGGUGUCUGCUUCUGU